CUCUGGGAAGCCUCUGGGAAUCCUUGGCUGUGGUCACUUAUUUUACUGUCAAUGAUCUUUCAUUGUAUCCAGUCACUUAGUAUUAACCAUUAUCCAGUCACUUAGUAUUAACCAUUAUCCAGUCACUUAGUAUUAACCAUUAUCCAGUCACUUAGUAUUGAACUGGUCUUGUUACACAACAGGUCAUGGGCUGAUCUAUUUAUGUGAAAUUGAAGUGUUUUGGGGAUUAUUUCUGUAUGUUAUCACCCUCCUAAAUAAUAAUAUAUAUUACAGUCGAAAAUAAAAUGUAAGCACCCCAUUCAAGAAACCAAAGCUUUAACUCAGUGUUAAAUAAGUCGGGCAAAACAAGUCAUUCAAAAUAUUUAAUAUAACUAUUACGUAAUUCAUAAUCCAGCCCUGUUAAUCAGAUUGUGUGGACUUUAAGAAUUAAAUGUGUUAGCUGAUCAUUAAGGGAUUCCUCCACUCUGUGGUACCUAGACACGAGGUCUCAUUCACCAAAAAUUCUGACCAUUUCUCACGACUCUGAUUCCCGCAACCAUGCAUGCAGUCCAUUAUCUUCACAAAUCAUGACUUCUGUGAAGAUAACUGAGAUGGAGUGAAGAUGAUUUCUGUGAAGUAAAGCUGAUAACAAUAUUGUGAAAUGAAUGGUUUAGAGAUGACUAAACUCUGGAUAGAUCAGUUUGUAUGUGCUCAGAAGAAGAGUUAAGUGGGCUAAGAUCUAGGAUGUUUUCUCUUUCUAAAUCUAUUUUCAGUGACAUUGUGAAAUUUCAUACAUAUUUAUAUGUGAGUAGUGUGGAAUACUUUACAACCAGGAAUUCAUCCGUAGAAAUCGUGAAAAAAAAAUCUGUCGGGGAUGGAUCAAUGUCAUCAACAUUCUUUAAUUAAUUCAGAAGAGAGAGUAAAUGAUGGAUUCUCAGGCAUUGUUUGAAUAUUUGGGAUACUAUGAUGUAGUAAAUGAUGGAUUCUCGGGCAUUGUUUGAAUAUUUGGGAUACUAUGAUGUGGAUACUGUAUGUGUCCACACUGAUAUGGAGCAUGACAAUUCUGGUCUGAUGGACAAACCUUUACAGGACCCUUCCCAUAAUGCCGAUCUGCCACAAAACAGAAAACCCUCCUUAAUGGCGUGGGUUCUUAUGUCAGAGGGGUCGGAUGCUGAGGUAGACAAUGAGUCACAGCUUCCUGCUCACAAAGCAGCAUCGAAAGGGGAGAUAAUCAAACUAGUCAAAGCUAUCCAACAUGACCCUAGUUCUCUGGAGCUAGAGGACAGCGACGGCUUAACUCCCCUUGGACAUGCAGUGAAGUCAAAGGAGUUGGAAGCUGUGAAGCAAAUCAUCAAAAUGGGAGGAAAUAUAAAUACCAAGGAUUGCCAAGGGAGGACUCCAUUGGCUCUGGCAACAUACCAAGGCUGGUUUGAGGGAGUCAUCUAUCUACUCAGGAAGGGCGCCAAACAGGGCAUAGCUGAGAAAUCUGGAAGGACUCCACUGCACGCCUCCACCUACGACAAAGAUGUCAGGAUAAUUGGUGCUUUACUGCAGACCUUGUCUAAGGAGGAAGUGGCAAUACAAGAUAAUGAGAAAAUGACUGCUCUCCAUUGGGCAGCCUUCCAUAACAGACCCGAACAUCUACAGCUGCUGUUGAUGAGUGGAGCCAACAUGCAUUGUCAAGACAUUGACGGGAAGACACCACUGCACUGGGCCUCUGAGAAAGGGAGUGUGGAGUGUUGUCACCUGCUGUUACAAUGCUGUAAGGGGCCCAAGCUUGUCAACCAGUUAGACAACAGCAACAAGAAUGCCCUCCACUAUGCUGCGGCAGCUGGUCACUAUCUGUUGCUACGGGAACUGGUCGGUGUUGAGGGGGUUGAUCUGGAGGCAGAAGAUCCUGAUGACAGGACCCCACUUCAUUGGGCAGCAGCUAUGGGGCACUCUCAAUGUGUCAGUGUGCUACUUAAUAUGGGAGUCACCCCCAACCCUUCAGACAUUGAAGGAGGGACCCCGCUAGACUACGCCAAGCAGACUGGUCACAGAGAAUGUGUAAGAUUAUUGGAAGAGAAAAUGGGAAUCAAAGCUAGCAAUAUCACAAACAGGCGACCAAAGGUUAAAAAGUCUGAAUCUACUCGAAAUCCAUUCGGAAAACUCAAGGACCUCUUCCGACCUCGCAACAGGAAAGUCUCCUCCACCCCAACCUCAGAUGCCAACAGUGACUCCAUAGAAAUGAGGUCAUAUGACAAACAGUCAGGGACAACCUCCAUGUCCAAUUCCGAGCGAUCUCUGAAGGAACUGACCAGGAGAGAAGAAAGCAGGCCGGCCUCCAAAUCACAGAACCCGGAGAACCAGAAAAAAUCACCUGUCACUCCCAGCAAUGUCACGGUGCCAAAAAUUGUCCUCUCGACAUUUGAGGAGAAAGAGGAUGACCAGGUGUUACUGAAACAAAGGAAAAGCAGGCCCAGGCGUCAUAAAAAGAAACGCUUACAUAAACAGGCAUCAGCAACAACAACUUUUGAAG